GAAUCGCCACGUCGGCAACCGGCCGGUCCAACACCUUUCCUCUCCCGCACUUCACCGCCACCCAAACCUAGCAGAGCAGCAAUGGCGCCCCCGCCGCCGCCGCCGGCAACCCUCGCCGCCGUCCUCCUCCUCCUCGUCUCCGUCUCCCAUCCACCGGCCUCGGCCUCCUCGUCCCCGUUCGACGCGGCGCUGGCGGCGCUGCAGGGCUGGAUCGGCUACGCGUUCCGCUCCCCGGACCUGCUCCGCCGCGCGAUGACGCACGCCUCCUACUCGCGCGAGAACGGGCGCGCGCUGGCCGUGCUCGGCCUGGCCGCGGCGGAGUCGGCCGCCGCGCUGCGCGCACUCGCCGCCGACCGCGACGCGCCGGCCUCCGCCGUCUCCCGCGCCGCGCGCGACGCCGCGGGGGAGCCCGCCUGCGCCGCGGCGGGGGCCCGCGCGGGGAUCCCGGGCGUCGUGCGCGUCGCCGGCUCCACCAAGGCCUCGGCCCCGCCCGUGGUGUGCGGCGCCCUCCGCGCGCUCCUCGGGGCCGUCGCCGUCGACAACGGCACCGCCGACGCCGCCGCCGAGGUCUUCUGGCGCCUCCACGUCGUCACCACCGCAACCGCCGCCGCCGCCGCCAUGUGACGCGUGUGCGAGUAGAUCAUCCGAGAUGGUUCGCACUCGCACAUCGGUGUUCGCAAGCUGCUGCUGCAAUCUACCUCUAAGUAAAUUAUCAACUGCCACUUCGAGCUUGGAUGAAAAUUAUCAACUUCCACUUUGAUUUCGUA